GAUCAUAAAUGGAUGUUAAUGCAUGAAGCCAUAUAAAGAGGUGCAGCACCAGAAAGACUUUUACUUCAGCUGCAGUAUCGACUCUCUACUCUUAAACCCGAACAUGGCAAACAACUUCAACUGUGAAGCUAUUCUACGAAAUGAUGAGGAGAUGAGGAUUGUGAUGGUGGGGAAGACUGGAAUUGGGAAGAGUGCCACAGGAAACACCAUUCUUGGGCGUAACUGCUUUGAAUCAAAGUUCAGCGCCACGUCUAUGACUGAUGAGUGCUCUAAGGCCAGUGCUAAAGUGGAUGGACAAAAGAUUGCUGUUAUUGACACCCCAGGUCUCUUUGACACCAGAUGGGACCAGGAUAAAACACAUAAAGACAUAAGCCAGUGCAUCUCCUAUUCUUCGCCUGGACCCCAUGUCUUCCUGGUUGUCGUCAUGCUGGGCAGAUUCACAGAAGAGGAAAAACAGACAGUGCAGAAGAUCAGAGAAAUCUUUGGCCAGGAUGCAGACAAAUACAGCAUGGUUCUCUUUACUCAUGGCAACCUUCUUAAAAACACCACUAUUGAGGAGUUCAUGAAGGGGAGCCGGGACCUGCAGGAACUUGUGGCCAGGUGCAAUGGUCAGUACCAUGUCUUUAAUAAUGAGCUGGAGAAUCGCUCGCAGGUCACUGAGCUGCUUAAGAAGAUCAGAACCAUAGUCCAGAAGAACGGAGGAAGUCACUACACCAAUGAAAUGUUCCAAAAGGCAGAAAGGGCAAUCGAAGAGGAGAAACAACGCAUCCUGAAAGACACAGAGGAGCAAAUACGCAAAGAGAGAAAAGAACUGGAGAUGAAUCUACGAGCUGAAUAUGAAGAAAAACUUAAAAGAAUUACCGAGAAAUUUCAGGCUGAAAUUGAGGAAGAGAGAAGAGAGAGAAAAGGGGUACAACAUGAUAUUAUUCAGUUGAAGAGGGAAAGGGAGAGGCAUGCUAUAGAAAUGAAGGAGAUGGAGAUGGCAAGGAAUAGGGACAGGACAAAAAUGGAGCAGAUAUUGAAGAGGACGUAGUAUUAAACAGUACAGUGGAGAAGCUACAGAUAGAUUUAGAAAACAGAAAGCUGGAUAUAGAGGAGUGGGUAGAGAAAAAAGAGGAGGAGAGGAAAGAGUGGGAGAAAAGAAGGA